CGGAUUUCUCUGCGAUAAAAGUUCAUGUAUAAAUUCCCUCCUUGUAAUUAUGGUCGAAUUCGAGCUUCAUCAUGAAAUUCUUGCAGAGAAAUUGGGAUAAUUGCUUAAUUGAAUGAGUGGUUUGCUGUGAAUGACCUAUGUAAGUAAAUUAUUCAUAAGCUAGGUGAUCGUAGUUGAUUGUAGGAAAAAACAAGACGAUGAACAUCGUAGAGAAAGAGAGCAUUGAGGUGAUUGCACAGAGCAUCGGCGUUGGGAAUUUAUCGCCGGAUGUUUUGCCUUCUUUAGCCGCCGACAUUGAAUACCGUAUUAGCGAGAUCAUGCAGGAGGCUGUAAAAUGUAUGCGUCAUGCAAAGCGGACUGCUAUGACUUCAGAUGAUGUGGAUAGUGCCCUUGAACUAAGAAAAAUGGAGCCAAUAUAUGUUGCAUCCGGGGAUUCUUUGCGAUUUAAAAGAGCUGCCAGGCAUAAGGAUUUGUUCUAUGUUGAGGACAAGGAUGUAGAAUUUAGAGAGGUGAUUGCAGCCGCCCUUCCAAAAGCACCUCCAGAUACAGCUGUAGUCAAUCACUGGCUGGCUAUUGAAGGGGUACAACCUGCUAUUCCUGAAAAUGCUUCGCUGGAAGCACUUUUGACCCCAUUCGAUAAUAAGAAACCUGAUUACAAAGAAGAUGGGGUUUCAAUUGACAUUAAAACUCCUGUGAAACAUGUGCUCUCUAUAGAGCUUCAGCUUUACUUUGAAAAGAUCACAGACCUCACUGUAAGUCGAUCAAACUCAAUCAUCUUUAACAAAGCAUUGUUGAGUUUGGCGACUGACGUAGGACUCCAUCCUUUGGUUCCUUAUUUCAUAUAUUUCGUAGCUGAAGAGGUUACUCGUAAUUUAAACAACUUCCAGCUUCUUUUUGCUUUGAUGCGCCUUGUUCGGAGUCUUCUGCAGAAUCCAUUUCUGCACAUUGAACCAUACCUGCACCAACUGAUGCCGUCUGUAAUGACCUGCCUUGUUGCAAAAAGCCUUGGGAAUAAGUUAACUGAUAACCACUGGGAACUUCGAAACUUCACAGCUAACCUGGUGGCUUCAAUAUGCAGAAGGUUUGGCAAUGGGUAUCAUAACCUCCAAUUACGUGUGACUAGGACUCUUCUUCAUGCGUUUUUGGAUCCAGCAAAAGCAUUUCCCCAACAUUAUGGUGCGAUAAAAGGGAUUACUGCCCUUGGAUCAAGCGUGGUGCGUCUGCUUUUGCUGCCAAAUCUUGAUCCAUAUCUGCAUUUUUUAGAACCAGAAAUGCAACUUGAGAAUCAGAAAAAUGAGAGCAGGAGGCAUGAGGCCUGGCAAGUGCAUGGGGCUUUAAUGUGUGCAGCUGGUCUAUGCAUUUACAAUCAGCUUAAGAUGAUUCCCAAUCUGUUUUCUCCACCAACACAUGCCAUCUGGAAGAGUAAUGGAAAUGACUUGACUAUAAACCCAAAUAAAAGGAAGGCGGGCAUAAACAACUUGAUGAUGGAGCAGACACUUAAAAAAACAGCAACAGGUGACGGUUCUGUAGGAGGGCAGCAUUUAGUGAAGGUCGAGGUGCCAGGAGCCAGCAGCGGAUUUUCAAUAACUCGUGGAGCUUCUGAUGUCGGGGUGCACCCAUUACCAAGGUUUUUGCCAAAUGACACCAUUCCGGGAAGCAGUGGUCGGAGAGACAAGUUUGGUAGUGUAGCUCAAACAUCAUCUUCGGUGGCCGUGGCCCGAGCAUGGAAAAAAGAAAUAAAUGCUGGACACUUGCUUCCCAAGCUUUAUGAUCUUUUUGGUGAAAGCAUGCUUCCGUUUGUACUUUCCCCAGAAUUGUGUAAUAUAUUCAUCUGAUCUGAUUGCCUUCUUUUGUCUGUCCAAAUAUUCACAUGUGAAUGCAUAUUGAAAACUAUAUCUCACCAUGCAUUCAUUGAAA